CAUACACACACACGUACACACAGACACAUACAUAUAACAGUUAUAGAUAUAUAAGAAAAUUUGGAGAGAGAGUGAAAAUAUGGGAGAGUAAGAGAGGGAGAGAUAGAGAUAGAGUAGAAGCUUAGUGGCUUUUGUUAUUUAUGAAGUUGUGACACGAACGAAAUCCCCACGCCCUCGAGGGGGAACUACGUCAUUGCCACACUGUGCCUACCCACGACAAAUAAUAUUCACGUGGGGGUCGGCUGCCCAAUCAGGGCAGGGGCAUCAGGCUGGCGUGACGUACAUAAUCAGCAUACCUUAUAUGGAGAUCCUACCCCGACGCGCACGGCACCCCCUGUUCCCACCUCCACCGCCCGCACCCAGCGCGCACCGACUACUGCUAGGGACGGGAUUUGCCACCAAAGCUACUUUUUCUCUCCCACCUUACAAAACGACCGACUGAGCUCGCACGGAGGGUACCUGAGUACCAGAAUUUCUGAAAUCAUCGAAACAAGGCCAUGAAGGCCACUGAUCAGAAAGGGGUUAAAAAAAGAGAAAGGAUUUUUGCCAGAAGAGACUCUAAAGACACAGAUUCAAGAUAUGCUGAAAAGAUGUAUGGGCGACAUAGGGAAUACUUGGAUGCCAUGACGUCAUCACAGCCUACGAAUGCAUCAGAAUGGCAACUAUAUCGAGUUUUACAACGUGCAAACCUCUUACAAUAUUAUGAUACAUUUAUUGCUCAAGGAGGAGAUGAUGUUCAACAAUUGUGUGAAGCUGGAGAGGAAGAAUUUCUUGAGAUUAUGGCUCUGGUAGGCAUGGCAAGUAAACCUCUGCAUGUUAGACGUUUACAAAAAGCACUCCAAGAGUGGGUAGCAAAUCCAGCUGCAUUCCAAGGUCCAGUUGUUGGUUCAUCAAGUCCAGCUCCUGGAAGCAUCAGUGCCACUGUGAGGGAUCAAACUGCUGUUAAUACUUAUCCUACAUUGCAUUCCACACCUCCCAUUGUGAAUGCUCCUACAUGGAACCCUGCCACACAUCCGCCUCCUCGUAACAUCAGUCCUGCUAACACAGGUAGCUCAUCAGGUGCUUCACCCCAAGCCGACAUCAAAGUAGAGUUCACUGACCAAUCAUCUUGUAUGAUGUCAUUCCAGCCUGUUGACAUUAAUAUGAAACAACAUUCCUCUUCCUCCCCAUUACCCACACCAGUGCUGGUAGAAAGUCAGAUCAUAGCUAUUGCAGAGGCUGCUGCCAGAGUUGCUAAAGAUUCACCCGGAUUUGAACCUAAAGAAUUAAAUUUAAAAAAACAAAUAAACAGAGAAAUUCAGAUGGUAAUGAACAUGUCACCUGAAGAUCCAAACAGAAUGGAGGAAUUAAGAAAGUAUGCUGCAAUCUAUGGACGGUUUGACUCCAAAAGGAAAAAUGAUAAACCAAUGUCACUGCAUGAGAUCUCUGUAAAUGAAGCUGCCGCUCAGUUAUGCCAUCAUUUACCAGCACUGUUAACCCGGCGUGAAGAUUUAUUCCCAUUAGCAAGGCAGGUUGUUCGUGAGAGUGGUUAUCAGUAUUCCAAAGGUCACUCCAGUAAUUCCAAACAGCUGUGGGCAGUCGAAAGUCCGUCCAUCAACUGCAACAGAGCAUCAUCUGAUGGUUUAUCUAUAAAGCGAUCUAAGUUUGAUCCAGCUUUGACUCGACAGUUUGAAACAAAUUCAAAAUUUGUCAAUGCUGAACUAGAAAAACUUCAGCGAGAGGAACGAAUGACAGCAAUAAACAAUGAAAUGGUUAGCUUGAAGCAGAAACAAGAUGAAAUAAAAUCUCAGCUCGUAGCUGCCAAAGAUGCUGGUGAUGCUGUUUCACUGCAGAAGCUACAAGGAACUCGCGAUCUAAUUACAUCUCGACAGCUUCAUCUAAUGGCUGAGCAGAAUGAAAUAAUCAAAAAACAGCGCCGCUUUGAACGGUAUCAGAUGAAGAAUGCCCGCUGUAGCAACAAUGGCAAAGAAUACAAUGAUGAUGAAGCCACAGAUUCUUCCAACUUCCCGAGUGGUUGCUCCUCUCCACUUAACGACUCCCAGGAUGGAGAAAGUUAUUUUGAUUUUACCAAAAGUGACUUAUAUACUGCAACUCAGAAAAAUGCCAAGUUGGUGCAAGAGACCCUCUUUGACGAAGGUUUGCGUAUUGCACAACAGUACGGCAUGGCUGAUUUUGCAGAGCAGCUAAAAGAACUGCAACAGCAAAAACCUAAAAGUAACAUUACAGGAUAUAAAAAAUCCAUCAACAGAAAUAUGAAUGGAAACUGUAGUCAUAAAACUGUGAUCAAUGAAGCAGAUGAUGAUGUAAUUGAAGACGAAGAUGAAGAUGUGGUGAUAGAUGAGUACAAUGAUAAUAACAACAACAAUAGUUGUAACAGCACUAGUAAUAACAACAACAACAACAAUAGCAUCAACAUCAACAAUAACAACAACAGCAGCAGAAACCAUUCAUCUAGUGAAGAGUUGGAAAAUACAAAUAAUGAAAUACUUCCAAGAAAGAAUGGAAUUGAAGAGAAUGACAGUGUGAAGACUAACCUAGUUAAAAAUAACAUGAUGGUGGGUUAUUACGCAGCACUGGAGAGUAAGGACAGUUUCAAAGAAGAUAAACAUGAUCUAAGGGAAGAAUCUAUGGCAAAUGAUAUGCUAAUAAGAGACAGAAGAAUCAAAGACGGCAAAAAAUAUUGGAGUGGGCCCUUUGGGCAUAGUCUUAUCCCAAACGGUGAGAAUGGCAACCAACAAAUGGAUGGUUAGCAGGAAUCUCACAGAGUAAACGCAGAUUUUUAAGACUUCCAAAGAUUUGUGUUACAGAAAAGAACAAUUUAUUAUCAACAUAGCAUCGACAAUGCAAGCUGUGAUAACGCAGGUGAAGAAGCCCCCCACCCCACCCCACAAACCAUCAUCACCCCCCCCCACCCACUCUCCACCCUAAGCUCCCCCACACCCCGCUCCUCCAAACCCCUAAAUAACAAGCAAGGAAGGUUCAGUGCAUGUAGGAAAGUGAAGCAUGCAUUAGGACAUGCAGUGUGACAAAGAACAAAGAACACAAAAAAAAAAAAAAAGCAUGUUAUCGUUGUCGACAUGCUGGGGCCUGUCCAUUGCCUGCUCCUUGGACCAAUCUUGUACAAUACAAAAUAAUAAUAAUAAUAAUAAUAAUAAUAAUAAUAAUAAUAAUAAAAAAAAAAAAAAGCUGACUGUUGUGGGUGAAAGAGAAUGGGAAAAAAAAAAACUCUAAACAAAACAAAACAAAAACAAAAAAUAUUUGGUCUAUGUAUGUGCAAUGCUUGUAUGAUAUAUUUUUAACAGGAGAUAAUAUAUUUACUACAUAAUUUCAUAUUUAUUUUUUGGGAAGGCAUGCAGAUGUUGUGUGAAUUCCUAUUUAGUAAGAUGGCAUGACGGCCCAAUCUUAAGAGAUGAGAGCAAAGUAGAUAAUUGUUUGGUGAUAAAGCAAAGAAAUAUAUUUAAAACACACACACACA